AUGCACUAUGUUAGGCUUGGUUCACACUUCUACGGUGGUGCUAGUCGAGAAGACAUUGAGUUUUUCAAAGCUUUGUUUUCAUUAGACGCAAGUCGACAUGAUAUCGUUGAUGCCUUCAAUGUACUCGAGGGGUAUUGGCAAUCCGUCCUGGAUCUUCCCACCUCUCUUCCCACCGCCGGUGGAGCACCAAAGGCAACUCGUGCUGACAUAACGAUGCCUUAA